UAAUUUCCCUCUGCUUUGGUUUGAAUUUUUUUUAUCGGAGAGAUCUCUCUUUUGUUUUUUGAGGGUUUCGUUCGCCGAUUAGCGGAGGAUUGUUCAUCUUCACCGGUGUCGGAAAUGGGAGAUCAUUCUAGGAAUUUCGGAAUGGCGAUUUCAUGGGGAGACGAUUUGAUCAAUGUUUUGGAUGAUAGGAAAGAAUUAGGCGUGCUCGUUGAAACCCUCGAGCAGCUCAGAUCUAUCCACUUAUCCUGUGACGAAGAUUCCAGUGAGAUACAAGAGUCUCUCCAAGAUUUGCAGAAAAAACUCGAUUCUUGCAAGGAGAAGACUUACGAGGCAAAUUCAGAUAUUGCGGACGAAGAAGAAAUUGAGCGUCUUCAGAAAGAGCUUGACGAGGAGCUACAACUGGAGUGCAAGCUCAACGAUGAACUUAGAUUCAUGGCUGAUGAACUCAAAGACAUGAAUUCUCAAGGGGCAUUCAUUGAAGAGCAGAGAUUAACUAUAAAGAGGAACAAGCGGGACCAGUUGAAAAAUGAGUUUAAGCUUUCUAUGUAUGCUUCAGUCACUAGAGUUAUACCGAACAUUGAUGAUCCACUAAAGACCUCAGGCUAUUUGGUUGAUCGAGAAAAAAGGGUUAUGGAGAAGUUCGAAUUCGACACAGACAAUAGGACUGCCUACGAGACAUGUAACGCCAUUUGGGAAAUUAUAAACAGGCAAUAGACUGCCUCUCCUCAUUGCCUCCUCUUUAUGUUUUGACAUUUGCGUAUUAUAACUCUUGAUUUUCUUUGUUUUGCAACGACUUAUGUUAGUCUUUUAACAACCAAACUGAAUUUGCUUAUGAUUCCUUACAUGUAAAAAAGCUUCAUGUCUACUCUACUCUUAACAAUAUCUGUCUUUAUCUGAUGUUAAGAGUACUUCUUUUCUUUUUGCUACUUCAUGUUGAUUUCUUGUUGUGUUUAUGUAACUGCAUCAUCGUUAAUGAAACAAUUCUGUGAAGGAAUCAGUGCUUUACUAUAUCUUAAUUAUAUGUACUACACCUUUAGCUUCCAAUUUUUUCAGAAACUAACCCAAUUCCUGGAUAUUCAAAUGUAGUGCAUGGCAAAUUUAUCUCUCUACGCAGAUUGUUGCAAACCCAGUUAAGUUGUAUAGAAAAUUCAAGAGGAGCAGAGUUUAAGUCGGACUUACCUUGUUUCCGUAUCCGUUAAUGUAACACACAACCGCUGCUCUGCUCAAUCCAAC